CAAGACGCGAGCGAGUCCGCCUGUGCUCCCAGAAGCCUCUGGUGCGUAUCCUCGCUGGAAACGCACUUCCGGGACGCGGAGGGAAACUCUCCGACAGACUCCACUGUGUGGGCGAGAGAGAUGCUCUGGCUGUGAGGCGCAGGCCCAUAUCAUCUCUCCUGUGUGUUUCUUCUAAAUUAAAUAAACCUGUUUUAGAACUGUCAGGUACUUUAAAGGUCUCACGGUUCUGCACAAGGCUGCCUGCCAUGGGCUGUAGAGAUGUCCACGCAGCCACAGUCCUCUCCUUCUUGUGUGGAAUCGCCUCAGUCGCAGGCCUCUUUGCGGGAACUUUGCUUCCUAACUGGAGAAAAUUACGACUGAUCACAUUCAACAGAAAUGAGAAGAACUUGACUGUUUACACAGGUCUAUGGGUGAAGUGUGCCCGGUAUGAUGGAAGCAGUGACUGCCUGAUGUACGACACUACUUGGUACUCAUCCGUUGACCAGCUGGACCUGCGUGUCCUCCAGUUUGCCCUGCCCCUCAGCAUCUUGAUUGCAGUGGGUGCCUUGCUGCUCUGCCUGAUUGGAAUGUGUAACACGGCCUUCAGGUCCUCUGUGCCUAACAUCAAACUGGCCAAGUGUCUGGUCAAUAGUGCAGGCUGUCACUUGGUGGCUGGGCUACUGUUUUUUCUGGCAGGUACUGUGAGCCUCUCUCCAUCCAUCUGGGUCAUCUUUUAUAACAGCCAUCUGAACAGGAAGUUUGAACCAGUUUUCACGUUUGAUUAUGCAGUUUUUGUCACCAUCGCCAGUGCGGGGGGCCUGUUUAUGACUUCCCUCUUACUGUUUAUUUGGUAUUGUGCGUGCAAAUCUUUGCCUUCUCCUUUCUGGCAGCCUCUGUAUUCCCAUCCUCCCAGUAUGCACAGUUACUCCCAGCCCUAUUCAGCACGUUCCCGCCUCUCUGCCAUUGAAAUUGACAUUCCAGUCGUUUCACACACUACCUAAUUGAGAAGAUAGUUAAUUGUUUUACAAAUUUCUUGUAGCCUCUCACAUUCCCCUUGUAUAAAGAGCCUUUUUGAGCCUCUGUACAUUUUCCUUUGUUCUGAGAGUCAACAAAUCCAAAUUUGUAUGUCCUGGUAGAAUGAAGUGCUGCUAGUUUUUAUGAGGAGUAAAUUACAUUAUUUUUAAAUGUAAAACAUUUCUUCUCUCUUGCUUCUUGUAUUGGAAGGAUUUUUAGCCUCUUUGAUAUCUGAUCAGUUAUUUAAGGGAAACAGCCUGUGUGUGGUUUAAAAUAAUAUGGUAAAGAAUGAUGGCUAAGAGAAGCUGUUGUGUACAAUCUUUAUGAAUAUUUCAGAUUGUGCUUUGUCCUUUUUCUGUAAUACUUGACACUGGAAAAAGAGGCUACUUUAAAUAUAAGAAAUUUCUUUCAGCUAGGGGUAAUAUUUUAACACUAGUCAAUAAUCUAGCAGCUAUGGCUGUAACUUGUUUUCUCUCUUUUGGAGCUAACUGUAUUGAAUAAGCUUCAGUAAUUUGAAAAUUACUUUCUUUUUUUUUUGUGAGUUCCUUAUCUUCUACCUCAUGCUAGUGUAAAAGUAAAAUGCAUUUUAAGUGAAGUCAGAAUAAGACUAAUAUUUAAGUAUCUAUUGUGGAUAACAUUUAAAUAAUUUUAAUGAUUCCAUAAAUUGUAUUGUUGGAGUUAAAAUGUGCCAUGUGACUAAUUUGUGCUUCCUCUGAGGCAGAAAAACUUGUUACUCUAGAUACCAUCUAUCAGGCAGUACUCAUGCACACAUACAAUCUCUUAGGAGCUAAGAGAAAUUGUUCAGACUUAAUGGUUUGUUCUCUUUAGACAUAGGUGCUUGGGGACAAGAAUCUGUUCUUCAGUACAACAGAAGUGAUUCACUCUGAUGACUGCUGUUUGGGUGAAGUAAGAAGAUAGCUUUACCAUAACCACAUUGACCCUUAAUUCACUUCCUCCCCCAUCACGGAUUACUGUCUUGAGCAUUUAUCUUGGCCUGCCACUUUAGUAGGUGGUUUGGAGGAUACAGGAAAAGUAGGGGAUCGGGUCCCAUCCAUGAAGAAAUUUUAAUCUAAUAGACAAGAUCAAAUAAUCAAACUAUUAUCUGAUGACUAGUGAACAAGCUGACUUCAUUGGCAGCUGAUACCAAUUUCUCAGUCAUUCAUCCAGGAAUACAUUUCAACCAGAAUGGUGACUUUCUGACAGACUAAUUGUAUAACACCAGAAAUAUCCUGGACCUUAGAAAUUCACUGUACUUGAAUUCAUCAGAUUCUUAUGGUAUCUCCCUUUGCCUAUGUGCUCUAAUAACAUUAUCAGAAUCAAGAGGCUGGGUAAAAGGGGUAGAGAAAUUGUACCUUUUCCACCUCUAAAAGUAUAAUGAUGUAUUAAAGAGGGAUGAGUUUUUAAAAUCUGUAUCCUGAGGUGGUAUCAGUUAGGUGUAACUAUGUCAACACUGAGAUAACACUUCGAGAUUCAGGGAUUUAGGGUCUUUGCCCUUAUGAAUUUGAGCUGCUUAUUUAGUUGGAGUAAUUAGCUACAUAUUCAUAUUAUGUCCAUAAGGACUUUCUUUUGUUACAGAUUUUACAAAUAGCUAAUUGUAUAAUAAGCAGAUUAUGCCUCUUUUACAAAUCUGAAUAUGAUUCUGGUAUAUAUAUAUAUAUAUAUAUAUAUAUAUAUUACUUUUUUCUAAUUCCAACACUACUUUAUGUAAAUAGAAAAUAAAUGUAGUUGCAUAAUUUUUAAAUGCCAUCCAUAGAAUGCAUGAAAGGCUGUUUUUCAUUUAUAGAUUCCAAUUUUCAGUUGUAAUUCUUUUUGUUCUUCUCAGAUGUAGCUGAGUCUUGAUCAUUCCAAGACAGGUAGAAUUUUGAGAUUAAUGUUAACUUUCCCACUUGAGUAAUUUAGUCCCUUCUCACUAAAAUUUUGUUCAGAAGGAUCAAGAAUUCCACCAUCCCUUGGUCUUUGCAUAAACAAUGUUAAAGAAAAAGAAUGUGCCAUUGAGAUAUUAGGCAGUUUUUAGUUCUUAUAUGUGAUAACUACUCAUAUAAACAUUGAGCUUUUCUACACUUCAUAAUCUGUAGCCUCAAAUUAGUAUUUGUUAUGGAUUCACAUGGCAUAAGAAACAGCUGUUUUCUUAUUGUCUUAGUGUUUCAAAUUUGCUAUCAGUGGCUGUUUUUUUAAACCAUCAAAGGAAAACAAGUAUUUACAGUUCUUUCUAAUGGUUCUUGAGCACUAAUCAGGCUAUCAUUGUGAUUGGGGAUAACUUUUUGUUGUUAAAAACCUUUUACAGAAGCCAGCUUGAAAAACAACCUUAAAUGUGGUAUGGUGCACCAGCUUUGGUUUAUCCAGCCUUGGAAAACAAUUUAAAAAAAAAAAUGAAAUUCUGAGCUUAUUUUACUUGUACAUAUACACUAUAAAGGAUAGUAUGUUUGCUGUAAACUGCAAGGUAAAACCUCGAUAAAAGUGUACUGUAAUUCUUGAUGUUUAUUAAAAGAUGUAUUUUUACAA